GAAAACCCAGACUCUGAAGCCUUCUCUGGCAUUACCGGCACCAACGGUCCAGGAACAUCAGCCAUGAACAGUAUAUUUUCUUCCCUGCAAAGCGAAUUUACUGGUACUACCCGCACUGGCACCAGAGGUGAUUCUGCCACUACCACUGCCUCUACUACCACUGGCACUGCCGGUGCUUCUCUCUCUGGCGCAGGAACCACCCUCGCCACUGUCACUACCGGAGCUGGCAAUUCUGUGACUGCGAGUAUAAGUGACGACGCAUCCAACACUGCCAGCAAUGCUGCCAGCAACACCAGCGACGGUGUCGUAACCGUCUCAGAAUCUUCCUGCAACAGCAUAUCAUGUUCCUCAGCACUCAAAGCCGCUGUUGCUGUCCCUGUUGUUGUAGCGGCCAUAGCGGGUGUGCUUCUGCUCUUAUUCUGUAUUAGGAGGAGGAAGAGGAGGGCCGCCGGUGCCUCUGUGUCGGAAAAGAAGCCCAAGAAGUCGGGCAAGAAGUGGUCCCGACAUCUACGAGCCUUCUCCUUUGACGCUGAGUUAUUGAUGGGCGGCCGUUUCUCCAGCAGUAACAGUAUUCGAAGCCGAGAUCCGAGCGUUCGUAGCGCAGGCAACAAUUCACGCAAUGGUGCUCACAGCGCAGAGCCCAGUCUUCACAGCAUCGAUGAAGUUGCUCCUCCAUAUAGGGAUGCCAUUUCAGGAUCACACCCUGUCAAUCCUAGCCCUCUCCGACAUGUGAACCCGAUCAUUGCGGGAGCACCAGACCCAAUUCCUCGUUCCGUUUCGUCCGCCACCGCACCACCUCCCUACCAGCCAGUUGCACGAGAUUCAGACCACCCACAAACUCCUGUUUCGACCAGGAAUCCGUUCGCAGACUCGACUCCUGUUAGCCCGAUCGACGGAUCGCCUUUUAACGACCCUCCAGAUGACGAAGAAGCUGCUGUAGAGGGCGCCCGACCAACACUUAGUCGAGGCUCCUCCCUAUAUCAGAGCGUAAAUGCAGAUGAUGCUUCAGAUGUCGCGAGCAUAGGACAGGCCCAGGUUGGCAGAAGUGUAUCAGUCAGACAAAUCGGUGGUGCAAAUAAUGGCAGCAGU